AUGACGAGCGGAUUGAGGUUUUACGCUUUGCCCAUGGGGCCCUUGGUGUUCCUCAGUCUGCUGGUGACGGCUCGGGCGCUGGAGUUCGGCGGGGCCCCCGGCCAGUGGGCCCGCUACGGGCGCUGGGAGGCGGGCUCGCUGGGCGAGCUGAGCUUCAGCCUCAAGACCAACAUCAGCAAGGCUCUGUUGCUCUAUCUAGACGACGGCGGCAACUGUGACUUCAUGGAGCUCCUGAUCGCCGGAGGGCGCCUCCAGCUGCGCUUUGCCAUCCACUGUGCCGAGCCCGCCACUUUACACAUGGAAACCCAGGUCAACGACGACCGCUGGCACAUGGUGCUCCUCACCCGCAACUUCCGCGAGACUCUGCUGAUGGUGGACGGCGAGACCAAGAUGGCGGAAGUCAAGUCCAAGCGGAAGGAGAUGGCGGUGGUCAGCGACCUGUUCGUGGGUGGCAUCCCGCCCGACGUGCGCCUCUCAGCCCUCACCUCCAGCACGGUGAAGUACGAGCCCCCGUUCCUGGGCCUGAUCUCCAACCUGAAGGUGGGAGAGACACCCCCCACCCUACUCAACAGCCAGGGCAUCCAGAGUGACAUGGAGUACCUGUGCACCAAGCAGAACCCCUGCCUCAACGGAGGUUUCUGCUCCAUCCAGUAUGGCGAGGUACACUGUGACUGCACGCACACUCGCUACAAAGGGAAGUACUGCAAGGAAGAAGAGUAUGCUGUUGAAGGUCUGGCGCACCUGACGUUAAACAACCAAGGGGACUCAUCGCAGGCCGGGAAGGAAGUGUCGGUGGCCACAUUCAAGGGGAACGAGUUCUUCUGCUACGACCUGUCGCUGACGCCCAUCCAGAGCAGCACGGACGAGAUCACGCUCUCCUUCCGCACGCUGCAGCGCAACGGCCUCAUGCUACACACGGGCAAGUCGGCCGACUACGUCAACCUGUCGCUGAAGAGCGGCGCCGUCUGGUUGGUCAUCAACCUGGGCUCGGGCGCCUUCGAGGCGCUGGUGGAGCCCGUCAAUGGGAAGUUCAAUGACAACGCCUGGCACGAUGUUCGAGUCACCCGCAACCUGCGCCAGCACGCAGGCAUUGGACACUCUAUGGUCAACAAACUGCAUUAUAUGGUGACCAUAUCAGUGGAUGGUAUUCUGACCACUACUGGUUACACCCAGGAGGACUAUACCAUGUUGGGAUCAGAUGACUUCUUCUACAUUGGGGGGAGUCCCAAUACUGCAGACCUGCCCGGAUCACCCGUCAGCAACAACUUCAUGGGCUGCCUCAAAGACGUGGUGUACAAGAAUAACGACUUCAAGCUAGAACUCUCCCGGCUAGCCAUCGAGCGGGACCCUAAAAUCAGCCUGAACGGAGAUCUUGUUUUCCGCUGUGAGGACGUGGCCGCCCUGGACCCCGUCACCUUUGAGUCCCCAGAGUCCUUCAUCGCCCUGCCCAAGUGGAACACCAAGAAAACAGGCUCCAUCUCCUUCGACUUCCGCACCACAGAACCCAGCGGCCUGCUCCUGUUUAGCCACGGGCGCACCCAGGGUCCUAAAGAGCAGAAACCAGGUCGUGACAUGAAGUCAGACUACUUCGCCAUGGAGCUGUUGGAUGGGUUUCUCUACCUGCUAAUGGACAUGGGAUCUGGGAGUAUCAAGCUGAAGACCAGUAAUAAGAAGGUGAACGACGGGGACUGGUGCCAUGUGGACUUCCAGAGGGAAGGGAGGAAAGGCUCCAUCUCAGUGAACAGCCGCAGUAUCCCCUUUAACUCCAACGAGGGCAGUGAGAUCCUGGACCUGGACAGUGACAUGUUCCUGGGGGGUCUCCCCGAGACCCGCUCUGACCUGGUGCUGCCCCCCGAGGUCUGGACCGCCCUGCUCAAUUACGGCUACGUGGGCUGCGUCCGCGACCUCUUCAUCGACGGCAAGAGCCGCGACGUGCGCCGCCUGGCCGAGAUCCAGAGCUCCCCGGGCGUCAGCAGCUUCUGCACCCGCGAGCUUCAGAAGAGGUGCAGCAGCACCCCCUGUGGGAACGGAGGCCUGUGUAAAGAGGGAUGGAACCGCUACAUCUGUGACUGCACCGGCACCGGCUACCUGGGCAGCAACUGUGAACUCGAGGCGACGGUGCUGAGCUACGACAGCAGCAUGUACCUGAAGAUCCUCAUCCCAGGCACCAUGCACACCGAGGCAGAGGACGUGGCGCUGCGGUUCAUGUCCCAAAGGGCCUACGGCCUCCUCAUGGCCACCACCUCCAAAGAGUCCGCCGACACCCUGCGGCUAGAGCUGGACGGUGGCAGGGUCAAGCUGACCGUCAACCUAGAUUGUAUCAGGAUAGACUGUAACCUCAGUAAAGGCCCCGAGACGGUCUUCGCCGGCCAAAAGCUCAACGACAACGAGUGGCACACGGUGAAAGUGGUACGCAGAGGAAAGAACCUCCAACUCUCUGUGGACAAUGUGACGGUAGAAGGCCAAAUGACAGGGGCCCACACCCGUCUGGAGUUCCACAACAUUGAGACGGGCAUCAUGACAGAGCGCCGCUUCAUCUCUGUGGUGCCCUCUAACUUCAUCGGUCACCUCCAGGGCCUGACGGUCAACGGUGUGCCCUACCUGGACCAGUGCAAGAACGGCGACAUCUCCUACUGUGAACUCAACGCUCGCUUCGGCAUGCGCCACAUCAUUGCCGAUCCGGUGACGUUUCGAACGAAAGCGAGCUACCUGGCGUUGGCUACUUUGCAGGCCUACGCCUCCAUGCACCUCUUCUUCCAGUUUAAGACCACCACGUCGGACGGCCUGUUGCUCUUCAACUCGGGGGACGGCAGCGACUUCAUCGUUGUGGAGCUGGUCAAAGGUUACGUCCAUUACGUCUUUGACCUCGGCAACGGACCAUCGCUGAUGAAGGGUAACUCGGACAAGCCGCUCAAUGACAACCAGUGGCACAACGUGGUGGUCUCCCGGGACGCCAACAACGUGCACACGCUCAAGAUCGACUCCCGCACCGUCACCCAGCACUCCAAUGGAGCCCGCAACCUGGAUCUCAAAGGGGAGCUGUACAUCGGUGGCGUGGGGAAGAGCAUGUACAACAGUCUGCCCAAGCUGAUCGCGUCCCGGGACGGGUACCAGGGCUGCCUGGCCUCGGUGGACCUCAACGGGAAACUACCAGACCUGAUCGCAGACGCCCUCCACAGGAUGGGCCAGGUGGAGCGAGGCUGCGACGGACCUAGCACCACCUGUACGGAGGACUCCUGCUACAAUCAGGGGGUGUGUCUCCAGCAGUGGGAGGGCUUCUCCUGCGACUGCACCAUGACGUCCUAUGGAGGCUCCUUCUGUAGCGACCCUGGGACAACCUACAUCUUCGGGAGAGGAGGAGCCCUCAUCACGUACACCUGGCCCCCCAACGACCGGCCGAGCACGCGGGCAGACCGGCUGGCGGUGGGCUUCAGCACGCAGCUCAAGGAGGCCGUGCUGCUCAGGGUGGAGAGUGCCAAGGGACUGGGAGACUACCUGGAGCUGCACAUAGAACAGGGAAGGAUCGGCGUCAUCUUCAACGUGGGAACGGAUGACAUUGUCAUCGAGGAGAGCGCGGUGAUGGUGAGCGAUGGCAAAUACCACGUGGUGCGCUUCACACGCAGCGGUGGCAACGCUACCCUGCAGGUGGACAGCCAGCCCGUCAUCGAACGCUUCCCCUCAGGGAACUUUGAUAAUGAACGCCUGGCUAUUGCUAGACAAAGAAUCCCAUACCGGCUUGGUCGGGUAGUUGACGAGUGGCUACUCGACAAAGGUCGACAGUUGACCAUCUUCAACAGCCAGGCGUUCAUCAAGAUCGGUGGUGGUGGCGGCGACAAGGCCCGUCACUUCCAGGGCCAGAUCUCGGGCCUCUACUACAACGGGCUGCAGGUGCUCAAGCUGGCGGCCGAGAGCGACCCCAACGUGCAGGCCCAGGGCAACCUGCGGCUGGUGGGUGACGUGCCCUCGGUGCUCACCACAGACACCACCAGCACAACGCCGCUGGCCGACAUGUCCACCACCAUCAUGGAGACAACCACCACGAUGGCUACCACCACCACCCGCAAGCAGCGCUCACCCACCAUGAGAGACAGUGUCACACAGAACACGGAUGACAUAUUGGUAGCGUCUGCUGAGUGUCCCAGCGAUGAUGAGGACUUGGAGGAGUGUGAGCCUGGAAAUGGAGGUGAAUUAGUGUUGCCCAUUAUAACUGUGGACUCCCUAGACCCCCCCUACGCCACCCGCUACCCUGUAAUCCCCCCGCCCCCCACCUACCGCCCCUUCCUCGAAACCACCAAAGAAUCCCUCCCCUUGCCCAACGGCCGCCCCCCCUGCCCACUGGAUCAGGAGGACUGCGAGGAGGCGGGACCCAUCGAGGUGUCCGCCUACGGCUCGGGCGAGAUGACCGAGUCGGACGAUGAGGACUAUUACAAAAACUCCCCCCUCGUCACCGAUAGGACGGUCCUCCCCCCUCCCCCCAACGAGGGCAGCGUCCAGAAUCCCCGUGACCGCCACUUCUCCAACCGGCCCCCCAACUCCCACCGCCCCCCCUUGUCGUCCACCCCCACGGCCAACCCUGACCAGCUAGGCCCCAGGCUCAACAAGCCAGGCGGCAGCAGCAGCAACAUUCCUGCCGGCAAGAUGAACACCCGGGAUCAGGUGCUGCUGCCGCCCACCCACCCCUCCUCAGACCCUGACCGCCACCGCCACGCCCCGGGUGUAACCUACCCUCCCAAUUUCCCCCAUGUGCCCACCCCAGACCCCACAUCCCCGGAGAGAGGAGGGCCUCCCGGCGCGGUAGAGGUGAUCAGGGAGUCCACCAGCACCACGGGCAUGGUGGUGGGCAUCGUGGCGGCCGCCGCCCUCUGCAUCCUCAUCCUGCUCUACGCCAUGUACAAGUACCGUAACCGGGACGAGGGCUCCUACCAGGUGGACCAGAGCCGGAACUACAUCAGUAACUCGGCCACGCAGAGCAACGGCACCCUGGUGAAGGAGAAGCAGCCAGGCACAGCCAAGACAACCAUCAAGAACAAGAAGAACAAAGACAAGGAGUACUAUGUCUGAGAUCGGCCUAGCCAGAGACAGAGGGCGAAAGGAGACGCACAGAGAGAGGGAGGGACGGAGAGGAGGAGAGAGGGAAGAGUUGAAGGUAUAGGUAGGAGAGAGGCACUAGAUGAACUGACAACUGUAGAGUAAUGAGUCAAAUCUUUGUUGGUAGAGUUUUAUUUUGUUUAGUAUAGAGGUAAACUUACUGACAAAAUGACCUCCUAGCUUUCCUUCUCAACCCAUUUAGAGCCUGAAGCAGAGAGAUAGAAGAUGAGAUUGGCAAAGAAACACAUUUCAUUAGAUCUACACAUACUCCUUUUUAAACCACAGUUAUUUCAAAAAACGUGUGGUAUUACAGUAAUAUUAUUUUCUCACAUGGCCGUAUAACCUUUUUUUUUUAACACAGAGAGACAAAGUCUUGGCUACAACAAAUGGCUGCCAAACCUCGCUCAAUGCAACAUAAUUUUGUGCCAAUCGCCAUACCCAGAGCUCAUGCUACAAUGGAGCCAGCUAAUCCAGCAGCGUUUGAAAGGGUAUUGUAUUGUAUAUAGCCUACAAUCAGAGUUAAGCAUGCGGCUACAGAGAGACACAGAGAAGGAAGACCCACCAUCAGUGUUAGAGCAGAGGCCUAUUGUUUGCUAUCAGAUACUAUGUAGCGGGUCUAAACAGUCAACAAGCUAACGGAUUCAAUCGUAAAUAUCUAAAUAGAUGGGUUUGUAUUGGAAGUUGAAACCCCACUGCUAGCCAAGUAUGAUAACACAAAAUGACUGCCAAUAUACAGAAACUAGGUGUCAAGUCUGCCUUCUUCCCUCCUCCAAGUAUUGAAACAUCACCUCGCUCCUCUCGUAAAGUCUCUCUCGUUCUCUCCCCCUCCCCUUCUCUUUCACUCGUGCGCUCUCUUUCUCUCCAUGUCUGUGGUUCCCGAGGAGCUGAUGCGACAUUAUUCUGCUGUGUUUCAAGCAUGUAGUAUUAAUUUACAAAAAAAGAGAUGACUAUUUCUGUGGAGAAAAAAAAUGAUGAUGCUGAUUGAUAACGUUUAACUAGCGUGUGAGAACAACAAAAGCUCCAACCAACCAACGGAUGCUACUUAUUACGUUUUAGCUGCAAAACCAACUUCUGAGGCCAAAACCCUGGGUCGUCUUUCAGUUUUCCAACAGAUAGGCUAUCCGUCAUGUGUUUUCUUCUGGGCUCCACACAGCAUUUCCCCCUACUGAGCCCACUAAUGCGGAGGAACCAGCUCACGUCGUUACUAUCAAACACAGACCAGAAACCAACCUCCAGCAGACAAACUGACUUUGUUCUAAAUAAAUAUAUAUAUGUAUAGAAGUUUCAGAGAAAAAAAACUAUGGGCCUAACAGAGCAUAAGAGGAGAAAUUCACCCGAAUGCGUGUGUAUCAGUGGACUGGGUGAUAAAUAACAAAUUUGAUGGACUAUUGAUACUUUGACGUGAGACCGAUUCCCCCCCCCCUCCCCCCACACACCCACCAAUCAUACACACCAUGACCAACCUUCAACGACAGUGGGAAAUGCAGGUUUCUUUCCCUCAAAAAAUGCGAGACAUUUGAUGGAAAUUGUGAAUUAAUUUGCUGGAGUCCCACUUUCGCCCCCUACUGUUGGGGGGAAAGCGUACGUUACCUUGGAUCUGCGUUCUUGCCUCUCAUUGGUCAAGACUGAUAACAGCCAAUGAGGGCAAGUCUAGUGAAAAACAUUCAAUGAAAAAAAUAAUUAUAGAACAAGGCAAACAGCAGUUCCCUUGCAGAUGGACAAGAACUCUAGUAUUCCAAUUUUCUCAACUAUUAAAAAAAUAAAACUGUACCAUGAAAAGAAAAGAAAAACAUCCAAAAAAAGUUUGUGCAAUGUCUAAAUAUUUGAAUCUCUCAUCCCAUUACUAAGAAAAUAUGUGUUUUCCCUUCCUGUUUAGAGAAAAAAGUAUGACAAAGAUAAUUGAUUCUGGGAAAUUGGAAAUUGAUAUAUAAUUGGUAAUUGAGCAAAUGUGAUUUGGGUUACAAACAUAAAACCGUGUUUUCUCCUUGUCCGUACGGAGAAAAGAUACUUUCCUCUCCAUCCCUCCUGCUGCCACCUCACUCCGUUCUUUUCCUAAAUCAAUCCCCCCCAUCCUUCAUCCCCCUUUACUCACAAUGGCAGAUUGUAUGUAACCAUUCAUUAACUGAAGACCGAACAGGGUCUUAUCUAUUUUCUAUUGUUUUAUAUCUAUCUCUGUAACUGCGAGAGUCAAAACGGCUGCCAAGUCUGGAGACUGGCUCCAUCCCAUCCCUCUUCCUCAUCCAGUUUGUCCGGUUUAUGUUCCUCUCUGUCCUCCUCCUCCCAGUAUCUACCUGUUCUUUAUAAAUGUUAUUGUAAAGUGUUCCAGUGAGAUGACUCUAAAUAUGUGUACAUUAACAGAGGGGAAUACACUUGGUUAUAUACUUCUUA